AAAUGGCGUUGUCAUGCUAAUUACAUGAAGGUGAUCAGUAUUAUCAUUGUUGCGGCUGCUAUAUGGAGUGCUGUACCCGUAACUGGAUACGGUAAAUACAGUACUUUUCAUGCUAACAAAUUCUGUUCACUGGAUUGGCGACAGGGUGAUUUUGAUGCGACUGUGGCAGAAUCCUCUGAAGCAGCUCAUCACUAUAUUGGUUUUCUUACAGCUACUUGUUUGAUCUUCUUUCUAAUACCAACUUGCAUAGCGUCCUCGUUCUAUUACAGUAUCAUUGAUCAUGUAGACAGUGCUGUACCCGUAACUGGAUACGGUAAAUACAGUACUUUUCACGCUAACAAAUUCUGUUCACUGGAUUGGCGACAGGGCGAUUUUGAUGCGACCGUGGCAGAAUCCUCUGAAGCAGCUCAUCACUAUAUUGGUUUUCUCACCGCUACUUGUUUGAUCUUCUUUCUAAUACCAACUUGCAUAGCGUCCUCUUUCUAUUACAGUAUCAUUGACCAUGUGGACAGGUCAGUCCUGAAUUUACCGUACUGGCUACCGUAUAACUGGGUUUGUAGAUUGAGUUCGACUGAGGCACGUGAAGAAAAUGCAAAUGCAGCUGCGGAGUGCUGCACAUGGGCGCCGAGAGAUAAUGUGGCAAAGGUUGGCCUUGGCUGCCUUUUGGCAUCCACUCUUCCAUUUUUCGCCUAUUCUGUCGUAUGUCUGAAUCCUAUGAAGUCCGACUUUAACAAUGUUUCAUAUGUGGUUGUACCGGUGAUAAUAAGCCGAUUGUGUCCCCUGUUGAACCCAGUUUUUUACAUCUGGUGCAAUCCCGACAUUGUACCGAUCAACGCGUUCAUUGCAAAGCGAAGGGCUAAACGACGUGUGCCACCAAAAACCUAUCACACUAUUAACCUAAUCGCCGAUGUACCCGGAAUGUCGUUCCCGAUUCUUACCCCUGCAGUACCACUCCCUCGGCGACAACUCCCACAAAUUCCAUCAAACUUGAUAUCCACAAGCCCAAAGCCUACGUUCUAUGACAAUGUCGAUGAAACAAGCCCUAUGCUUCACACAUGA